UCACUCUCACAGCUCCUCAAUGCAAUUCCCUCUCUCUUCUUCUCCACUGAAAGCUAGGUUUUGCGCUCUGUGAGUUCAGCGACUGGUUUAGCUAUGGAGGUGUAGCAGCGGCCGGAGUUUUGGUCGCCGAUUGUCAGUCAUUUCCGGGAGGUACUCGCUGCGUUUGACGGCUUUGAUGGCCGGAGGCUAGGGUUUUGAGAGCUUCGGAAGAUGGAGAGCUGGUGGAUGAACAAGUGUAACUCCACAUUGCCGUCAGCGGCUUCUUCGUCUUCUUCUCAGGAGCUUCGGAAUCAGAUGGAGUCUGCAGGCUAUUACACUUGUCAGCGCGGCUCACAAGAUUUGAAGCCGGCGAUGCUUGGUAGGUUGCAGGAUCCUCUGCUUUCCAACAUCCAGAGUUUAGGUUCCCACAGAUCAGAACAUGUUAAUUUGGAUAAUUGUUUUCUGUCCCUCCUGUCUGGGUCGCCAUCUCUAGUGCAGCAUGGAUUUCAAGAUGUCGCUAAUUCCCAACGUCUUGAUACCUAUUGUAAAAUCCUACCUGAGGGUAAUCAUUUCAUUCUGAACAGUACUCAAAGUGCGAUUCCGUUGUCAACCAGUGGGCUACCAUCAGAAAAAUUGAGUUGGACAAAUCUGCAAAGUGGAGCAGAUUUCUGUCCCAUUGGUUCAUCAAAUGUCGUGCCAAGUUCCAUUUGUACCAGAAAUUCUGUAUUGCAUGAUCAGCAGAGUUCAGACCUGGCCGAGGCAGUCAUCUGUCACAUGGGCCCUGGUAAUGAGAAACUAGAGACUUCUUACGCUUUGAGUAGGCAAAGGCACAGUGGUGGUCCUGAAUCUAGAGCAAAUAUUCAAAAUUCUGAAAGAAUAAUACAUGAAGCUAACUCCUUCAUAUCUGAUCAAGCAUCUAGACUAUGUCACACUGCUAGUCCUGCAGAUUCUUGGAAGGCUUGUCGAGAAAAUAUUCAUACUUCACAAAAGAUGCCCCCGGAAGCAAACUCUUUUAUUUCUUCUCAGGUAUCUAGUUUAUGGCACAGCAACAGUCCUGCAGAUACUGGUGCGAAGGGUUGUAGAGCUAACACUGGAACGACACCAAAAAUGCCAGUGGAAUUACACUCUUUUAUAUCUAGCCAGGCAUCCAGUUUUAUGAAUGGUUGCCCUCGCGUUUUCUGCGCAACUACUAGUGGAUAUCUGCUUCUUAGCAAUACAGGACUUCUUGGUAUCGUCUGCUCUUGCCAUUCUUUCCGCAUGUCUCCUUUCAAGUUUUGUGAGCAUUCAGGAUUAUAUGGUGUUAACCCGGGGGAUGCCAUUCGGAUUGACAGUGGAGAAACCAUUUCUCAAUGGUGCAAGCUCUAUCUACUGAAGUUUGGGAUUAGGAUCCCUGGAAAUAAGAGUGAAUGGGACUGGCCUGAAGAAUUAUCAGCGAUGGCCAGCUUGAUGAAAUGUAGUGUACCUAUGCCAAAGAUAUCUAAUAGCUCGUCUGAUUUGGUCUUCUCACCUGGAGGUUCAGUAAGCUGUAAACAGUCUUUUGAUGGUCUUUUGCAAUCAAACAAUCUUAUUACAAGUCAGAGUUUGGUUAUUAGUUCUGUACCAAAUAAACCGGGGAACAGUCCGGAUGGUAACAACCCAUUUCUCAAGGCUUUGACUGGUACUUCACAGAGUAAUUUGCAUAUGACAGAUAACAUAAGAAUGGGGCGUGCCGUAUCAACAUCAAAGUUAGUCGGUAAUGGAGCAGAAGAUGGUUCUCAGUAUAUUUCGGCUUCUACCAGAUCUAUGCACAAUAGAGCCUCUUCCAUUGCCCACUCAUCUUUACAGGAAAAAAGAAUCAUUGGUAAAGAAUCUGAUUUUUGCAGAAUUGAAAGCACAAGGGAUGGUGCCUUCUGUGACGCUGCAAUUUCAAAUUUUGAGCUGAGGCUCGGUCAACCUUACCAGUUGUCACAACCUUCAGGAAAUCCUGAUCUAUCAGCUGUAGGACCACCACUCUUGAGCACGGUUGUAAAUCCAAUGAAAUUACUCUUCCCUCAACAGAUGAAUGCUAGCAGAGUGAAUCACAGGGAGGAAGUGGACUAUAUGCAAUGUGUUCAUUUUUCUGCUGACCUAUCAAAUCCUAGAAGAACUAGAGAUUGGAACCGGUUAAACCAUGGAAUCAAUGCAUCUGUAAUCAGGAACAGCACAGAUGAUGAAAGAGUGGAGGAAUCAUGUAGCAACGUGGCCCAGAAUUCUGUGAUUUCACUUCUUACCAAUCUCAAAUCUCCAUCGAAGGAGAUUACACUGUCAAAAGCCAAUAACAAUAUGUCCAAUGACAAUGAGAAUAGUAUGAGAAAAGCACUACAUUCUGAACCUCAACCUGACAAAUACAACCUGGCUACUGUCAGGCGGAGCGGAGGUAAUAGUGAAAGGCAACUGGACAUGUCGCACUUGGGCUCCUAUAAACUAAAUGACAAUGAUAAAGUGCUGAGUUUUUCUGCUGAUGGCUCUCACCUUGCAAACGAUUUGGGGUUUAGAAUGCGCAAGGAGAUGGAAGAUUCUACUUUCAACAGGUUAGGUGGUAAUGGGGAGUCUAAUUGCUUAACAGCAUGCAGAAACAGCUGCUACUCACAUCAGCUGUCUGGUGUACCACUGGGCACAGCAGAAUCCAGAAUAAGUUCCAAUUAUCUUGAUAAAGUUAUUUCUUUUGCAAAUAGUGGGGAAGCUGAUCAUGUCAAUCUUCGGCCUGUGGCUUCAUCUAUGGGAUCUGGGAUGAAAUUUCCCACUCAGGCAGUUCCAAAAUGUAUUCCUGUGAGUGCAUCAAACUCUUUAGUAGAUCCGGUACCGUCUUUCAGUAGGGAAGAGUUUGUUGGAGUUCACAAUUAUUUGCAUGAUGAUAAAUUACAAGUGCAAUCAACAAGGCAACUGCAAGAAAUAUUGAGGCUGCCUUGCCUGUUGAAGAACCAAGGGGAAGGAAGAUUUGGUUGCUCUAAUUAUAUGCAGCAGUCUCUUGUGAAUACUGCAGCAUCUGGGAAGCAAAGCCACAAACUUGGUCUUAGCGGUAAACAUGUUGUUUCUGAAGCUGAGGUUAAUCCACAAGAAUCUGGUGUUAACUGUAGGAUUGGAGCUGAUGAAGGUUGUGCUUCCAUGACAGGUGUUGACUGCUGUUGUCACUUUGCACAAUAUAAACAAGGAAAUCCAUUACAUUUUGAAAGUGUUGAUCUGAAACAUCAGGCUUCAGUUGUGCCUCUGUGUAAUGGGCAGCCCUCACCAAGUGAAACUGGAAAGUUAAAGAACGUCCCUGAGCUUAGUGAGCAUGAACAAUGUGGCCACAAAGUGCCUUGUGGUGAUUUUCAUGGUAGGCCCAGCUGUGCAGCCCACAGAGACUGUUUAGAAAAGAAUUUUGAAUCAAGAGUUGGAAGCUGUCCUGUGGUGUCUAAGGUACAUAUGGGAACAAUCAAUAGUGAAGCAUCUAUGUUACAUUCUCCACAAUUUUCUACCAGUCAUGUUAUCCAAAAGGAUGAAACUGUUUCCUUGGAUCAUAAGAGAAAGUUGGGUGAAGAAGCACCUAAGAAUAAAGCUUAUCAUACUUCUCUGUGGAGAGAUGUGCCAAGUAAGGUCAAAGGGGUUUCUGAUGUGACGCGUGUCGACCGCUUAGCUAAUCUGUUUGAUGCAACGAGAGAAGACAGAGAGAAACUUGGAGAUAUGUGUAUUAAAUGCUUCAAUGGGACUGUGCAGAUAGCAGAGUCCGUCAAAGAGCAUGACGUAUCUACUAUAUCUUCUGGAUGCUCUGCUCCCAUGCUUAGUCAGCCAUCAAUAGAGGUUAACAAUAUGGAUUCAUCAACUAAUGAUGCUGGGGAUCAUGGAUGUGGAAGCAAUUUUGUUGUUGAUGAAGGAUCAGGUAUUGACAAAGCAUGGUCAUCAGAUGAUGCACUUGAAAGUGAAAAAAGUGCCAAGUUCCUUGCCUCUACUGGUUCCAGCCUUGGAAAAGUUGGGCCUCCCAAUAAUUUGAAUCAUCAAUCUUCAUCUUCAUCUUGCCUUCUUGAUAACCUUAAACUACUAAACUCUUUAACAUGGCAGACAGGUCAAGAUCAAAUCCCAGCUGAGGCAGCCCGUCAUGAUCAAGACGAAAAUCUUCAUAAUUUCAAACAAAGCUUGAAGAUUGGGAAGAGAAAGAAAGAACUGGGACUGAAAUUGAAUGCUUCAUGUCCCACUUCAGAUUCUUCUGGAAUACGACAAGAGAAUUGCAAAAUUAAUGGUAUUUCUCAGUUCACUGCUCAAACAUCAAAGAGGUUAAAGAUGCCUUUCACAUCAAGGGAAUCGGAAAAUCAUGUAAUUGGAAAUUGCAUAACUCAAUCCAAUUCUAAACCCAGGCUACAUAUAGCAUCUUCAGAAAAGAAACUCUCGCAAAGAAGUUAUUUACACAAACUGCAUAAUGACAAAGGGAGUGAGGUGAAUAGUGUUUUCCAGACAGAACCAGAUGGUGGUGCUAACAAUUAUGGACUUCCUGAAGUUUCUGGUGGGAAGACAUGUAAAAGAGAUUCCACUUUCAAAGCUUUCAGGCAGUCCCAGAUACAAGAAUCUAGUCGAGAAGAUGCCAGAAAAACAAAGUACAAAUCUGUAGAUGUUUUCAAAUCACCUUCCAGUCAGGAAGUGAAUAUUGGUCAUAGGAAAGCAAGGCCAAUAGUAUGUGGAAUAUAUGGUGAAUUAACCGAUGGAAGUGUGACUGGACGAUCGUCAAAACCAGCAAAACUUGUUCCUCUCAGCAGGGUUCUUAGUUCUUCCCGAAAGUGCAUAGUCCCCAAACAUUGCAACUCUAAAUCACGUUCCAUGAGGCAAAGGAACCCUGGUGUGGCUGUCAUAAGUAAUACAUAUGACUUGAAGACUAAAAAGUACAACAAAUGUCGUAAUGCUUUAGUUAAAAAGAGAAAAAAGAAGAAAGAAUGCUCCACUGGAGAUAGGAAGUUGCAUAAAGAGCUGGUCUCAUUGGAGAAACAAGGAGAUGUUCCAAUUGAAAAGGAUCAUCGGAAGCUAGACGGUAUUACCUAUAAUCAAUUGUACAUGAAGCCUAAGGAAAUUCGGAAACGCAGCAUAUAUGAGUUGACAGAAAAAGUGGAGGAUCCUGGCUUUAAUAGUUCUUCCGCUUCAAAGAUUUCAAAGUUCCAGCCAGCAAUCAAAGAUGGCAAACUUGUAAAUACUGGUGAAGAUAGUGGAUUAUCCCGUGAUAUUGCUAAAAAAAAAUUGCAGUGCAGUUCUACUCAAGAUCACAGGUGCCAUUGUGAUCACGACUCAGGUCCAUUUUGCUGUGUCUGUGGUAGUUCAAACCAAGAUGAAAUCAAUAAUGUAUUGGAGUGUAGUCAAUGCUCAAUCAAAGUGCAUCAGGCUUGUUAUGGUGUGUCAAAAGUACCUAAAGGCUGUUGGUCAUGCAGACCAUGUCGGACGAACUCAAAAGAUAUUGUAUGCGUUCUUUGUGGUUAUGGCGGUGGUGCCAUGACUCAAGCACUGCGUAGUCAGUCUAUUGUUGAAAGCAUUUUAAGAGCUUGGAAUAUUGAAAUUGGCGGGCCCAAGAAUGAGCUUUGUUCUGUUAAAACUUUGCAAAAAGACUCAGCUGAUCUGCACAGCUCUGGCUAUGGACAUUCUGAAAGCUCUUCAGUUUUUGUGUCUCAACCUGAAUGUGGCCAACCCUUGGCAGCAGCACAUUUAAAUAGUGGUAUGUCCUACAAAGUAGAUGGUGUUGAGAGUUCCCCUAGUGUUAGUAAAACAAAGGUACAUAACAGCAUCACCAUGGGAUUAGUUGAUUCUGCAACUAAACAGUGGGUUCAUAUGGUUUGUGGGCUUUGGACUCCUGAAACUCGGUGCCCGAAUGUUGACACCAUGAGUGCUUUUGAUGUAUCUGGUGUUCUCCUCCCCACUUUUGAUGUGGUUUGCUGUGUGUGUAAACGAGCAGGUGGCUCAUGUAUACAGUGUAGGGUUGAAAAUUGUUCUGCUCGGUUUCACCCAUGGUGUGCUCAUCAGAAGGGUCUGUUGCAAACUGAGGUUGAAGGCGUUGACAAUGAGAAUGUUGGCUUUUAUGGAAGAUGUAGGCUUCAUGCUACACAUUCCAUAUAUAAAUCAGACUACCCUGUUGACACUGAAGCUGGUUGUCUGGAGGAAAAGAAAUUAGCCUGUGCCAGAACUGAGGGUUACAAGGGCCGUAAACGUGAUGGCUUCAGGCAAAAAAAUUGUGAUCAAUCAAUGGGAAGUGAUGAAUGCCUUGUUCCUGAGGAGCAUUUAAAUGCCUGGGCUUAUAUUAAUGGGCAGAAGUCAAGCACACAUGAGCUUCCUAAACUGGCAAUAUCUGAAAUAGAGCAUGACACUCGGAAAGAAUACACGCGCUAUAAGCAAGCAAAGACGUGGAAGCAUCUUGUAGUAUACAAAUCUGGCAUACAUGCUCUUGGUCUUUACACAUCUCGGUUCAUUUCUCGUGAUGAAAUGGUUGUUGAGUAUGUUGGAGAAAUUGUGGGGCAACGUGUUGCUGAUAAAAGGGAAAAUGAAUAUCAAUCUGCAAAGAAACUUCAGUACAAGAGCGCAUGCUACUUUUUCAGGAUAGACAAAGAGCAUAUGGUGGAUGCUACCUGCAAAGGAGGAAUUGGUCGAUUUGUGAACCAUUCAUGCUCGCCAAACUGCAUUGCCAAAGUGAUAUCAGUGAGGAACGAAAAGAAGGUUGUAUUUCUUGCGGAGAGAGACAUUUUCCCCGGAGAAGAGAUAACAUAUGACUAUCAUUUUAAUCAUGAGGAUGAAGGUAAGAAGAUUCCGUGUUUUUGUAAUUCAAGGAAUUGCAGGCGCUACUUGAACUGAGACAUUCUAGUUUAUUCCAUUAAUUAUUAAUGUAAAUCCUUGUAUUCAAGCA